AAAUGCAAGCUUGAAAUUGCCAUGGAUGAAACUCAUGUAUAUUGCGUUUCUAUUUAUCCAUUUAAGAGUUCAGAUAUGUUAUGGUGCUACGGAUUAUGACGAUGACUAUUCCGAUGACGACGAGAAGCCGGCGUCACCGCCCCCGGCGCAAACGAAUUGUAAUGGUGUGUUCUUGACCUAUACGUUCAUCGAAAGGAUUAAAGAAUUACCCUACCUGAAAAACGUUUCGGCUCAAUCAUGGGCAUUUAAAUCCACGGCCACCAUAGUGAAUACCGGGUUGGAAGAGGUAAAAGGAUGGAAGAUAUUUAUUGGGUUUCAACACAGAGAGAUAUUGGUGUCGGCAAACAACGCCGUCCUCGUCGACGGCGCCGGGGAUUUUCCGGCCAAUGUUAGUAAGGGAGCAACCUUAGCAGGAUACCCCAACGCGGAUCUUCAGACCUCGGUUGAUACUGCUGCAGAUUAUACGAAGAUGUCGGUUCAGAUCGAUUUGACCGGCACGAUGUUCGGAAUGAAAGAGAAAUCGAUUCCGUUGCCGAAGUCGAUCAGGCUGGUUAACGAUGGCUGGAAAUGCCCUAAGCUUACUAAAUAUCCUACGUAUAUGUACUCGUGUUGCAAACAAGACCCAAAAUACAAGAAAAAGAGUAGUACCAACAAGUACGCAGCAAGGCAAUAUGGGGACGUAAAUUUCGUGUAUGAUGUUCUUAAAUCUUAUGAAGGAAGCUACGAGGCUCAAGUAACCAUUGACAAUGACAAUCCCUUAAGUUGCCUUUCUAAGUGGAACUUAACUUGGGAAUGGAUGAGGGGCGAGUUCAUCUAUAGCAUGAGAGGAGCCUACACUCGGAAAAUCGAUUAUUCCGAGUGUAUUUUCGGCUUACAGGGCCAAUACCUAAGCGGUUUUGAUUUCUCCCAAGCGAUGAACUGCGAGAAAACGCCGGUCAUAUCCGAUUUGCCGCCCGACAGAGCCAACAACUCACAGGUUGGCCUUGUUCCUUAUUGUUGUAGGGAUGGUUCACUUUUGUCACGGGUGAUGGAUAAAAACAGAGCAAGGUCUAUAUUCCAAUUAAGGGUAUACAAAAUCCCCCCUGAUGUAUCCAAAACCGUGCUGUACCCACCUCAAAGAUGGAAUAUAACCACCUUGGUCAGUGCCGAAUACAAAUGCAGUCAGCCGGUUCGAGUCGACCCAACCGAAUUCCCCAAUUCGACUGGACUUGACGCCAAGACAUACGCCGUAGCAAGCUGGCAAGUUGUCUGCAACAUGACGAAACCGGUGAAGAAGGAAGCAAAGUGCUGUGUUUCGUACACGGCUUAUUACAGUGACGCCGCGGUGCCGUGCAGUACUUGUGCAUGCGGAUGUGAUGAUCUUAAUACCGAUAAAUGCAACCCCGAUGCUAAGGCGAUGGCGCUUCCAACGGAUGCUCUUUUGGUUCCUGCCGAAAACCGGACUCUGAAAAUUAAAGCCUAUGCGUCAUUGAAGCACAAGGAAAUCCCGAAAAGGUUGCCUUGCCCUGAUAAUUGUGGGGUUAGCAUAAACUGGCAUAUCAUUUCGGAUCAUAAGGGCGGAUGGACGGCUCGGAUAACUCUGUUUAACUGGGGAGAUGAGCCGUUUAAAGACUGGUUCGUUGCUCUUCAAUUCAAAAAGGCUUUCCCCGGUUACGACAGUGUAUAUUCUCUCAAUGCAACCAAGUUGAAGUCCCCUAAGAACACCAUUUUCAUCCAGAGUUUGAAAGGUUCGGAAUAUUUGGUUGGAGAGGUAAAUGGUUCCAGUAGUGGUAAGCCUAGGAUUCCUGGCAAACAACAAUCCGUCAUCGGAUUCACCAAGAAGAACAUUCAAGGACUCAACGUUAAAAAAGGCGACGGAUUCCCUUCCAAAGUCAUCUUCAAUGGGGCCGAAUGCGCGUUGCCCGCUCAUUUCCCCAACGCCGCAACCCGAAGCUCUCCCGUUUCAUACACGGCUGUUGUCUUCUUGUCGAUCGUUACUUUCUUGCUGCUGAUGACAGAUCAUUUCCGUUGACGAUGAUGAUGAUCAUUGGGUGGUCUUCUUUUUAUUUUUCCUUUUACUUUUGUU